AUGCAGCGAGAUAUCACCAAGAUCUUCGACCACCAGCGAGAGAAGCUUGAAGAGCUUCAUAUAACCCAGGAUACAAUCCAGCGAAUCAGAGCCGCGCAGGCACCCCUACGACGUCAAUUGACUAGGCGACAGGUUAAGCCGCUUAGCCAGUCAGGUGUAUUGAAAGUUAAUGAUGCAAAUCGAUCAAUUCAGGCUAGGAAGGCGAAAGAUAUGGCUGUGGAGGAGAGGAAGCUAGCCAGACAGUUCGAAAAGGUCUAUGGCUACAAACCCACACAGAGGCCUGAGGAAGCUAUUCGUAAGGCAGCUGAGGCUGAGGAGGCUGCGACGCGACAGGGAGAGUUUUUUUUUAUUGAUAAUUAG